UAUUAAUUUUUUUCAAAAUUAUAGAUGUCGAAAACUUCCUAAGGCUUUAAGAGAAUGGCAAGCCUUUUUAGAUUUAAAGAAAAAAAUUGAUGAUUUUAAUGAAAAAUGCCCAUUAUUACAAUUAAUGGCUCAUAAGGCAAUGCUACCAAGACAUUGGCAUAAAAUAUCAGAACUGAUUAAUUAUAAAUUUAAUAUAGAUUCUGAAACAUUCUCUCUUAGAGAUGUGAUAGAAGCACCUUUAUUAAAGUUUAAAGAUGAUGUGGAAGAUAUAUGCUUAGCAGCUGUAAAAGAACAAGAUAUUGAAGCAAAAUUAAAACAAAUAAUAGUUGAAUGGACUACAAAAGUAUUUUCAUUUUCCACUUUCAAGAAUCGUGGAGAAGUUUUAUUGAAAGGGCAAGAAACAACUGAUAUCAUAACAAAUUUGGAUGAUAGUUUGAUGGUUUUAGGAUCAUUACUAAGUAAUAGGUAUGAAAAGAGCAUAAAUAAUUUUGUUUAA